CAAUUCAAUUCAAUUCAGUCCAAUAUCAGAAGAUAUUCAGGACUACAUGACAUUCUCAGUUAAAAAUCAGGAGUCACUAUUAAUUGAAGAUUCCAGAAAGGUAGUAGUUAAAUCAUUUAGUGUUCUCUCUCAGCUCAUCUUCUGAUGCCUACAGCUCUGACAAGAGAAUUUGGCACAGUAUUCAUAUGAGUUGAAUACAGCAGCUUAGCUUUCAGAUGAAAACAAGUUAGCAUUGCAGAGUAUUCAUUUUAUGCUUGAUCUUAUGCUUUCAUCUGAGAACUCAACCAUUCUCUACAGGGGAAGCAGUAUUCAUGACCAGACCCUGAGGGCUGCAGGUUCACCUUUCUAAGGAUCAGAGUAUGAAAGAUGUUUUGUUUGGUUGAACACAGAAGUGCAAGCUUGUCUUGCUGGGACAGACAAAGCCUGUUUUCAGUGUCUGUGGUAUCUAUUUUUCUGGUUUUGUGUGGCUGUUCAGCUUUUCUUCCGUAAUUCAUGGGUAUAAAAAAACAGUCGUUGUAAAAACUCAUUAUUUCAAGGCAUAGUUGCAAACAUUAAUGUUUAUAUUUCUAAAAAAUAGAAAUUUAUAAAUCCCAGUGAAAAACUUAAUACUGUAUCUAUUUGAACAAAAAGUGCUGUCCUACACCAUUUGUGUUCUGAGAACAGAAAGUAAUACCACCCCCUUUCAGCCAUUUCUGGAUGUACCUGUGAUGCUACCUCUGUUGCGGGCAGGAGGGAUUUGUGCUGUAUCCAUUCCCUCCAGGAACAGAAGGUCUCUGGAGGAUCUAACAAUUGGGAACUGGCUUUAAGUAAACUGAAUUCUGUUAAAAUUGGAAGGAAAGGGAAAGGAGGAAGAAAAUGAGAUGAAUCUGGGUAAACAUCACACAAUAGAAUUAAUGACAAGCGGGCAGGCAACAGGAUGGAGCUGAAGCCCAGCCUCCGUAUCCCUAACUCAUCACAUGCUGCUGGAAAACACCAGAUGAACACAGGGGAAAGAGGCUGAAGUUACUGUCCCAUACACAUUUCAGCAGGAGCAAUCAGACAAAAUCAGCUUGAAGAAAAAGAUGUGUUAAAGAGUUUAUUUUCUUGACAGAGCUACAAGUAGCCUUUUUCUGAAGAAUGGCAUUGAGCGACCUCCUUUACCCAGACAAUCCCAAGAGAAAGCAAGAAUUGAUCAAUUUGCAUCAGGAAUUGCUUGAGUGCAUGUCUACAAAUUUCCGUGCAACAAAUGAGCUGGUUGGAGUGCUGAAUGAACACCUGGGAUGCACCAUUACCCACAUCCAGAUGAGAGAGAGCAGCACUGUCAAGGAAAACUGUGACAUUAUCAUUCAAGUGAUGAGUGAGAUUCAGCAUCAGGUACAGAAGAUUGAUAGUGACAUGAAGGAAAAACUCGAGCCAGUGCUGUACCAGAAGCUAUAUGACAUCAAAGAGCCUGAGUUGGAGAAAAUUGCAAUAGCCCAGAAAGUUUUUUCCAUUAUUCUUGGAGAAGCAACUUCAACAGCUGGGAUGGUAGCUAUCAAAAUUCUUGGCUCCAAUCUUUUAACUUUCACUGUGAGUAAGCUCAUCAGUCUCCUUGCACAGAUUGGGGCAUCUGUUCUUGGGGGAAUUAGCAUUACCAUUAUUGGCCUUGGCAUUGAAAUGAUCCUCCAUGCCAUCCUGGGAGCUGUGGAGAGGAAUCAGCUUCUGACAGCUGUGAGAAGCUACGAGAAGCACCUGGCUGAGUUUAAAGCAGCCUCAGAAAAGUACCAGCGUGCCAUACAUGAAGUGACUUCUUUGGUGAGACAACAAGCUCAGUGAGUGGAUUCAUAGUUCUCUCUUCUCCCGUGACAGUGGCUACAGCAGCUAUGCCUGAAGUAACCUUUUUGAUUCAUUAUGGCAAAUGAACUACUGAUGCCUUUUUUUCUCUUAUUAGUGGCCUCAGAGCAAGAGAUGUGACAAUUCUGAGAACUGGCAAUGAUAUAUAUUAAUUGGAAACUGGCUUAUAGGUGUUCCUGGGAGGCAGCGUUUCAAAUUCUUUGUACCUUUCCUUCACUAUUUUCUGGAAUGCAUUGUAGAUAACCUUCAACUGUAAUUCAUUCUAGUGACGAUAAUACUCACUGCUGGAGCAGUGGGGGGAGGUGUGAUUUUGCUCUAUGUUU